AACUCAUGGACGACUUCAAAACGUAAUAAAUCGGUGUUUCCUUGGAAAUAAUAUUGAUGUUUCACAAAUUUAGAGGAAUUACCAAAGAAUGGAAAUGGUUUUGUGCCACCUCUGGUUAUUGAGUUAUUUCAAGGAGUUCAAGCUUACCCAGUACUGAAAAAUGAGAACAGCGAGUACGAAUAUGUGUCCAAGUUACCGUGGCAAUGGAUGCUAAAGACUUGAGGACCGAGUCUGGUGUGAGUGAACGCAAUAAUGACGGCAGCAAGUACAGUCAAAGCAGCGGUAUCGCGCUCCACUGUGACAGAAAUAAGCCGUAUCAAGAUAUCGGAUCUAACUCAUUGGGUAAAGUGGAGGUACAGAACGCGCGGCCAUGCGCCGUCAUCGGUCCCGACCGAGUCGUGCCUCCGCCAGCCGUCAGCGACGCGUAUCACAUAAAGAAAGGUCCUGCCGAGCCAUGGCCAUGCAUGGACAACACGUACAGACGUCUACCCGAAUACCCCCAUAAGUUAACCAGUUUCCAGAAUCCAACAAGAAACAUAUCACCAAGACAAACAUUCCAAGAAAACAUGCAGCGUAUUAUGGUGCCACCCACAUACAACUCAAUCAAAAUAAACGAUGACACCAACUAUGCUCAAAUAACAGAUAGAAACAACAGUGUACCUAAGAAUAUCAAGUUAAAUAUGCCGCCAGAGGCAAAGUUCUGUGAUGUGCCUUAUGCUGUUAAUCCUACUAAUAAUGAACUUAAAAAUGUUAGGAACCCUGAAAUGUGUUUACCUAGUGUGAAUCCCACUGUGACACGGACUGCUCCUCAUGGAUGGCCUACAGGCAGUGUUAAUUUACGAUCCACGAGGAUGUAUAGUGCUCCUGAACUGUACCAAUAUCAAGAGUACCCUAGCUGUGCUGGCCCUCGACCAGUAGUGCCCAGACCUCAUAGAACUGUUCCAGAAGAUCAGGGCUAUGUGUAUGCUGACCCUUACUAUCAAGAAGGAAACAUUCGCUUCAAGCCUUAUCCAAGUGUGAAAGAAAGAUAUCCCCAGCAAAGGUAUGAGUACAUUGGUAAUUAUUCUAAUCCAUUCCAUCCACCACCUGGUUUUCCAGCUCAUAAAUAUGAGUUACAGAAGUCUAUAGCACCACAUCCCUAUCCUCCAUAUCCUCCAAUCAAGUAUUUGGAUAGCCGAGUAGCGGAACCUCAUGUCAUGGAAGGAUAUCAAAGAACUCCCCAAGGUAACUACAACAUUCAAUAUCGUAAUCAAGUAAUCCAUCCAAAUUAUGGACCAGUAAUAAGUAACUGUCCCCAAAAUAAAAUGCAUUCAUAUCCACCUGAUGCUCAUAUGAAAACAAUACAGUCAAACAAACUACCUUAUGAUAACAGUACUAAAGCGUAUAUUGAAUAUGAUAAUAAUAGACCCAAGAUAUAUCCUCCAACUGAAAGCUAUUUUGUCAGUGAAAUGUCUAGGAUGCCUAUGAAGAGCCAAGUUAUAAUGCCUAAUUAUUCUACAAUAAAUGUACAUAACCUACCUCCAAAUCCAUAUUACAAAAAAGACACCCAACAGUUAAAAAAUUAUGAACAUAUGGCUCAUUUUAGAAACAUGGACCCUAACAUUAAUAUACACAACCCUAUGUCCAGACAUGCUCCUGUGUUUUCACCCAACACACUAGCAAUUUCUCCCACAGAUUCUAAUACUAGUAAUGAUACAACCCAAACUCUUGGGACCUCUCAAGAAGAUUGUGGUUAUGUGAGUCAAUCAUCUACAGCAAGUGUUAGAAGUAUUGAUUCUGGCAUCAACAGAAUACCAAAUGAAUACCUUAGGAAAUAUUAUGAUAAUAGGUAUGGACCUAUUGUCAGAUCCUCGCCUAUGAUGUCAAAGUCGCAAUUAAAUUCUAAUAAUAAUAUGUCCAAAGACAAAAAACAAAUAGAUGUUAGACAGUUCCUGCAAAUGUGGAAUGAAGGAGAUGAGGAGCAAGAAGAAAAUGGCUCAAAAGAAAUAAUCAUCCAGACAGGAUCUAGCGAGAAAACGAACUUCAAUAAGACAAAUGAUGGAAUGAAUAACCAAGAACAACUGUAUGUCCUUGGACUUGUAAAUGUUCCAAGCGAAGAACUCGCUAAAUAUGAACAUAUUCAAAAAGUCUCCAAGUUACCUGAGAAUAUCAAAGGAUAUAACAGUAUUGAAUUACUCAAUCAAUUUGAAGAGGUGAUAGAAUCAUCGAAUAUGAGUAACUACAAGACACCAGUCUCCAAAGACUACCAUAUGGCCAUGAAAGUUCAUCAGAAACAGUUAACAGGAGUGAUACCACCUAGACCUGUUUCACCUUUAGAUGUUGAAGCUAAAAUAAGUCAAUCUGUCAUUCAUAAGGAGGUUGGCUGUAAUUUUGAAAUAAAGCCUUGUAGUCCAAAAAUGCUCAAUGUAGAAGUAGCUGCACCUGUUCAAAAUAUUUUGGCUGAAAGGUCCAUAGAGAAACUUGCAAAUCCAGUGAUGAAUAAGUCACCUAUGUUGAAUGGAAUUAAUGAAAAUAUUGAUUGUAACUUAAUGAAACGAGGUGAUCAUCGAAUGAAUAUGAAUGAAAACAUAAGAAUUCCCAGCUGCAAAAUGAUUAACAAUACACAAUUUUCAAAUACUAACCCUAUGGACCCUAUUAAAACCAGCUAUAGUUUACAGGACCUAGAAAGUAAUUCAGGCUUAUGUCUAGCUUCACUGCCUCGACUUGAUAAUGACAUUGAAUUAAACUUCCCUGAAGUAAAUCAACAAUUCAUUAAUGCAAAUAAAGGAGAUAAUAAUAUUUUAUCAUCCUCAAUGAGAGAUUUGCCAACAUUAGAGGUAUUAGAUCCACCAGAGAACCAAAUCAAAAACAAAUACGAUCAUACUAAUUUAUCUCGGGCAGAAAUUGAUGCUGCAAAAUCGCCGUGCAUUAUUGAAUCUGAAACAGAAUUUUCUAAAUUGAGUAAAUAUCGUAAAACUAAAAUCAAUUCCUCAGAAGUUAAAGAAAUCCAAAUACAACACAAUAUCAAUGCCAUCAGAACGGAUAGUGUUAUAAUAAAAAAUCCUGAUAAUAUAAAGAAUUACGAAGAUAAUUCAGACAUUUCAUUAAAUUGUUCAGAUAAAAUCGUGACAGAUGUUCAACAGGUUCCAAUAAAUUUAACUGCUCAAGAAAAUCUUUCAACUAUUGUAAAAACUUCGGAAAAUAUACAUCCUAUUGAAUCAGAAAAAGAAACUCUCCUGCCUACUGAAAUUGCAAUAGACUUCAGUUUAAAUAAAACAGACAACCUGAAUAAUACUGAAUCCAUAGAAACUAAAAUAGAUUCACCAGGUAAUUCACCCACACAUGUGGAAGAAAACUAUUUAAACACAUUUAUAAACAGAGAAGCUUCAUCUGAUCCUAUUAGUUUAUUACCUGAAUUUACUGAGCGACAUGAUAACAUCGUGAAAGAGGAUAAAGGGUGUGAUUUAAGCAAGAGGGAAGGAAAUGAUAAUAUACCCAUUACGAAUAACGAAGACUGUAAAAUAAAAGAAGAAACUUUAACUAGCAAUGAUGACCAUAAAAGCCUUGUAAAUUACUUACACGAAAAGGAAGAAAAAAGUGCUGUUACGGAGCAUACAAUUACGGAUAAAAAUGAGUCACUGAAUCCACCAGAAACGGAAUUGCCUGAUAGUGUUAAUUUGACUGUUUUAACUAGUGAUCAUAGCACAGAAACAAUUCAGAACGAUGUAGACACCAUUGAUACUUCAAAUAAAUCGUCAAAAGAAGCAGACUACAUGUUUCCAGAAACACAUUCAAAGUAUACAGAAAACCUCACAGAAAAGUCAAAUGAAAUUUAUCAACCAAACAUUGAAGAUAAAAGUGCCGCUAAAGAUGAAAAUGAUGUGAUGAUGGAAAACUGCGAGAAUCAUGAUUUAAUUGAGGAAUUAAGUAAUCCCAUACCUAAUAAAUCAGAACUUGAUUUGGUCACUUCACAAAAUAAUGAAUUUAAUGAAAUCUCAGAUACUGGAACUUAUCCAGAAAUCAAAGAAAAAACACCUUAUACCUCACCUUUACAUCAAAUUGAUAACAAACAAUGUCAAUUAAAUGAAGAUUUGUGUUGCGAUGACUCUGAAAAUAAAGAAAAAACAAAAGAAAUAUUUGCAGGAAAGAUUUCAAAACAUUAUGACAUAGAUCAUACUGAUGAUAAAAUCGAAAAUGACAACCCCUUACAGUUAUUGGACGAACUUUCAUCAUCAUCAAAUCACGAAGAUAAAUUAAACAAAACAAAUAAUGAAGAAUUUCUAGAUACACCAAGCUGUAUGAAACAAUCGGAUCUUUAUGACUGUGAUCAGAUUAUUAAUGAAGAUUUAGAACUGCCAAUUCCACGAGCCUUUAGGUGUUUUAACAAAGAAUUGUAUUCGCCCUGGAUCCAAAAAUUACUCACUUUUUCCGAAGGAAAUUGUAACAAUCUAACACCAGAAAAGGACAUCGACUGCUGUGAUGAUUUUUUCUAUGACUCGAUGGAAUCCUUAAAUACUUCAACAGAAACUGUAGUAAAACAAGAUGACUGUGAUUUAGAUAUGUGUAAAUCACCAUUUAAAAAUGACGAGCCACUAUUUGAAGGUAAUAAACCAUUAUUUGAAGAUAGCAAACAACCAUUUGAAUAUGGUAAUCCACCUUUUGAAGAUGACAAUCCACCACUGAAAGAUGACAAACCACCAUUCGAAGAUGACAAACCACUAUUUGAAAAUGAGAAACCACCAUUUGAAAACGACAAAUCACCAUUUGAAAGUGAUAGACCACCACUUGAAAGUGAUAAAUCACCAUUUGAAAGUGAUAAACCACCAUUUGAAAGUGAUAAACCAUCAUUUGAAUGUGAUAAACCACGAUUUGAAGAUGACAAAUCACCAUUUGAAGAUGACACACCACUAUUGGAAGAUGACACACCACUAUUGGAAGAUGACACACCACUAUUGGAAGAUGACAAACCCCCAUUUGAAGGUGACAAACAAGCAUUUGAAGAUGAUAAACAAGCAUUUGAAGAUGACAAACCACCAUAUGAAGAUGACAAACCAACAUUUGAAGAUGAUAAACAAGCAUUUGAAGUUAACAAAUCUCCAUUUCAAAAUGACCAACAACCAUUUGAAGAUAAUAAGUCUCCCUUUGAAGAUGACAAACAACCGUUUAAAGAUAAUAAACCUCCAUUUGAAGAUGACAAAAAACCAUUUGAAGAUAAUAAAUGUCCAUUUGAAGAUGACAAACAACCAUUUGAAGUUAACAAAUCUCCAUUUGAAGAUGACAAACCUGUAACAGAAGACUUGGACCAGGACAUUCAAAGUGAUAUGGAAAUGGAAACACAUAAUACCAGCCUUAUAAAUUCUCCGGUUUUAGACGACUAUAUCGAUGAAUCUGUGACCAAUCAGGUAGUUUUAAAUAGUCAAAUCGAUUGUGAGGAUAAUUUAAAAAUGGAAGAAAAUCCUGUAGCUGAUGAAGUUGUUGCCGAUGAUGAGCCAUACCUCAAAGAAGAACUUAACAAAAAUGAUGUAACUGAAUCUUGUAUAGAAUCAGACAUUGAGGAAAAUACACUAACGGACAAAAAUGUAAACGAAAAUCAGUUUAAUAGUGAUGUUGAUAAUCAAUGUGAGGUUGUAUCUGAAGUAAGUGAACUAGAUACAUGUAAUGAAGAAGAAGUCGCCUAUGAAUCGAUUCAAUAUCCACCAGUUCAAUGUGAUGAUCAGUAUGAUGAUAGAAAACAGAAUACAACUUUAGAAACUACUGAAUCUGAAAAUGUUCGGUUUCCUUCUAAUGAAAUCCCGUAUAAAAAGUGCAAUCGACUUAAAAGAUCCUUAUCAGAUUCUGCAUUAAACAUGUACAAUAAUGAAGAACAGUCGAAACAGGAAAAUGAAGAUAAUGUUCAGUUUAUUUGGCCAUUUAAACGUAGAAAGGUUAAUAAUGUAAACAAUGAAUUCCUAGCUCAAAAUUUGUGCAAUUUAAUUCAUAAUAAUAGACGUAAUUCAGUGUCUUCUUUUUAUAAUGAAGAAAAUGUUUCGUUUUGUAUUUUGAUAGAUAAUAGUUGCAUUAUAACUGAAGAAGAAAACGAAGAAACAGAGAAAGUUUGUUAUACAGAACUUUCGGAAGAUUGUUUACAAAAUGAGCAAAAUACCGAGACUUUAACAGAAGAUAUAUCAAAUCCACAACCAGAACACGCUUGUGAUUAUUCAGAUUCAGUUGUAGCAGACUGCGAAGAAGAAAAAACCUUAGAAGAAUCAUGGGUGGAAGAUGUGGGUUGUGAAGAAACGAUUAUCGAUGACGAUGUUGCCGAAGACAUAGAAAUUUGCGAACCUUCGUCGCCAAAAGACGUUAUUUUGUCUGACAAUGAAGAAUCGGGUGUUUUUAGUAGCAGCGAGCACACCGAUAAAGUAAAAUCAAUAUAUGGUGAUAAAAUGUGUAGCGAUGAUGCUCUAUUCGUUGAAACUCUGUAUAAUACUCCCCAAAUGGAUGUGAAUAAAACUUUGUAUAGCAGAGAAACUCGUGUCUCUGAAGAGUAUGAUAGAUAUUAUGAUAACUAUUCUUUAGAAAAAAUGCUAUCGGAAUCUAAUGAACCACCAUUGUCGCCUUAUGUUCCACCAUAUAUUGACAAAAUUUUGAACUCUGGCAAAUUGAAUCCUAAAGAAGCGCCAGAAAACAAGAAGAACGUAAGUGAAGGAACUUCAUCUCCAUUCCAAAAUAAGAGUAAUGCUUUAGACAUUGUUGUAGAUAUUAAUGUUGAUAAUAAUCAACGUGAAAAUCGACAUUCCAUAGAAAUUUUUGCUAAAACUCAAGAAGAUGCCGUGCAUUCUUGCGAAUCUAGUGUUGAUAAUGUAUUUACGUAUAAUCAGAAAGACGAAGAUGCAGUUUAUACAUCUAGUUCACCUGAAGUAUCUUCUACUACUUCGGAAGAGAAAAACUCCAGCAUAUUAUUAAAAAUAACAAAUUAUAAAGGUUCUAGAAUAUCACAAAUUAAUGAUAUUAGUAGUGUUAAUAAGAGGUCUAGUUGCAAGUUUACAGAAGAAAAGGAAUAUUUACACUCUCACGCAAAUUUUUCCUCAAAUCGACCACUUUUGACUAAAGCAGCUCAAAAAUAUAUUCCUCCCUUAAAAGAAUCCAUCCGUGAUCUUAAAGUCAAACUUUCUUUACCUCAACAUAGUCUUAUGAAACUAAAGCAAUUAAAAAUGUCCAAAGAUGAACCAAAGCUGAAUAAACAAAAUGUUUCAACACCUCGCAUUCCUAAGAAACCAAAGCCUAAAUUUGAAGACGUUCUUAAAAGUAUAGAUGAAAUGCAAUUUAAAAUGCAUAAAGAAAAGACCAAAAAACCAAAAAAAUCUAUUCCUAAAGUAGUUAUUAAGAAAAAUCGAAACGGUUCUCAUUACGCGAGUACUUCAAAUAAAGACGAUUUUAACCCGGAUUUGACAGGUAGAAAAUGGCAACCAUGGGUGUUUAUAGAGAAAAACCAUUUCAUUGACAAAAUGGCAACUAGAAACAAAACGAAGGCUAUUUACAGCCAUAGGAAGAGGACUUAUGUGUUAGCUGAAAAGUUUCAGAAGUAUAAGUCCGCAAGCAGUGCUAAGUUUGUGAUAUCGCCACCGAUAUCGGACAACUCUUCUUCGGGACUUAAAUACACGAUAAGAUUAAAACAUAAUUACUGAGUGUAGUUUGUGUUGAGUGUCGCAGUUCCUUGGGUCUAUGUAUAAUAAUUAACAGCCAUAUUGGCUUCUGUGUUAAUGGAUCCCACCCCAAUAAAGGUCUCGUGUUAUCAUUCCUACGAUUCUAUUUUAGUUUUUUAGUAGUUACCCAUGUUAGUUUACUAUAUAGUUUAUUAUAACGAAGCCAAAUUCAAUACUAAGUGUGAUAUAAAAAGAAAAGAAUUGUUAUUGUUUGAUAGUGCAAUUUGAUCUGAUCUGUAAUUUGUUAGAGUUUCAAAUUUUAUUAUAAUCGUUUUUACCUGCUGUGCCUGUCAUUCCAUUUUUAUUAGUGUUAUUGAUUUGUACUAUUUAUUUCUUAGAAUUGCACCUUCAAGAUUUUAGUUAUUUAUUUAGCCAUAAUUUAUGAGUAUUAUUUCCGUUAAAUAUUUGAUUCCAAAUAAUACUGAUAUUUCUUAUAAAUAUGUUUAUGUUUGAAUAAUGUUUAGAUGAGUUUUCUGUAAGUUGAUUUAUUCGUAUUGGCGGCGGAGUCCAUGCCUGACUAAGUAAAUGUUUUGUAAAUAUAGUUGAUGUGUGAAGUUGUGUGUGCAAUCAAGGUCACCUAACAUAAAAAUGUACUUAUACCUAGUCUAAUAAUAAUUGGUAAUAGUAAAUACAUAGACCGAUAUAGAUAUUCAUAUUUUUGUGUGCCUAUUUAAAGAAUUUAUUUGUAAUCUAUCGAUAAAUCGAUCCACUCCAUUUGAUGAAAUAUGUCGUAAACCUCUUUCUGUCUUCCGUCGCCAAAGUUGAGAGCGUCGCUGUAAUGUAUGUGGUGCUUCAUUCUGAAACCGAGUGAUAGGUUCAUUGUCGUUAUAUCGCCCGUGAUGAUUGCAGCUUGCAAAUAUCCCGAUUAUAUUUACACAACGUCCAGAGAACCGACAGAGCCUUGUUCUGCCUAUAUUAGCGGUCGAUACAAAGAUAAUGAGCUAAUUUUGAUGAUAUUUAUGUACCUUGGCAAUGAAAUAAUCACUGUGUGGUUUUGACAAGAUGUUAUAAAUUAGUGUUAGUACGAUCAGUGCCUUCGGUACUGUCAACAUUGCUCACGUAUAGUAAAUUUUAAGCACAUGUGUAAUCAUGUCUGGUAGAUAUUGAUUUGACUGCAACAUGUAUCUAUGUUACUGUGUAGGCGAAGUACAAAAUUUGCACACUUUAAUUGUUAAAACCUUAUAAUGUAACAUGUAUUUUGUAAGAAUAUGUUCGUUCAAUAUCAUUCAAUAAUUGUGUUUGUAAUGAUGUUGCAGUGAAACAACAUAGUGUAGGUAGGUAAUAAAAUUAAAGCGUGAAAUAACCAAAGCCAAUACUCAGAAAUAAUAGAUGUUGAGAAAGUGUGUACGUACGUAGGUACCUACAGAAUGUAUACCUACACGGCGAAAUAGCUGCCGGAUGCGAUACGUCUCGUAUUGGAGAGGUAGAUGUAUCAUAAUAGUCCAUGUAAAAUAUCAAUAUAAUUUAUACAAAUUGCACCCAGAAUAUUUAUUGGGCAUAUUUUCAUAUACGUACCUAGGUUGCGAAGUUUUACUACAUCUCAAUGUUUCAAUACAGGUACAUGUUUUACUACGUGGAAGCAGCGUUAGGAUACGCGGACAGUGCCUUUUACAUAGUGCUGAUAUUAUACAAGCAGUACCUUCGAGUACCUAUGUCUUAGGACAAAUGUUACUCUUACUACAUACGUUUUGGCCAUUUUAAAUAUUUUGGAAAUAUCUGUUGAUCUCAUAAAGGCACUCACCGAUUCAUGUUUUGCCUUAUCGUGCCUAUAAAUAUAUUUUAUUAUUAAAAUACACUAUUUUGAUAUCAUGUACAGGGUGUUCAAUAAAUAUACCAAAUAUAUGUGCUUUUAAGUCCUGCAUACAUGUAUUUGCAAAGUGUUGCCUUCGUAGAUAAAAAUAUUUUAGAAAUACAUCAUAGUGUUAUUGUGUAACAAGUAAUUGAAAUAAUAUUUUAAAUGUGUUGAAAUUCAUUAUAAGAUGGUCGGUUAUACAGUUUAAUUUAUUUAUAGAUCAUAAUAUAUUGUAUGAGAAAUGGUAGUUUUAAGUAUUAGUCGUAAGUUUUAUGGAUAAUAAAUGUACAAAGGUAAAGUUAAGAGAUGCGUUGACUUGCGCCCUGGAUUUAUUUGGGCACACAUAACCUCAGUAGAGUUGAGGCUGGAUAUUUACCAAAAAGACAGUUUGCUGGUACACGUGCAUGUAAUGAUGAGACGCGGCGCGCUGCCUGCGCCCGCCUGCCUGCCUGCCUGCCUGCCUGGCUGCCGGGCGGCGGCGGGGGUGGCGCGCUGUCUCGCAGACUGAUGACUGAUUACUUCACGUUCACUUAACAAUCCUAUCAUACAAUUAAUUUCAUCGUAACUUUCGAUACCUUGUAUGUUUGUUAUGCACUAUUGAGUGGAUUGUUGUUUUUUUCCCUGCACUUGUUGGCCAUUGUUAUAACUAAGUUAAUUAAUGGUAUAUUCUAUUGUGGUUAAAUUAUUUAAUUAAGGGUUAUGGAUUAGUUAUUAUUGAUGAUUUAAUAAUUAGAUAUUUGUUUGUCGUUUAAAUGUUAAUGCAUAUCUUCUUAUGCCAGUAACGCACGUGAUAAUGUAUGGUGAUAGACGGAAAAUUGGACACACUUGCUCCGAAACUGAGUGGUUUAUAAACUCAAGUGUG